CCCACAUCCUUUUUAUUUAGGUAUAUAUAUUACACAGUGAAUAAGUAGAAACAGAAAUCAUGGCAGCUUUCCUCACUUUGACUGCCUCUGCUGCUGUAAUUCUCCUGGUAAUUCGUGGAGGUUUCUGUGUGGAUAUCAUUGGAGGAUAUGAAAUAGCACCACACUCGAGACCAUUUAUGGCCUUAAUCGUUGGAAAAUAUGGAAAACCUAUUUGUGGAGGAGCUUUGAUCAAGGAAAACUGGGUGUUAACAGCUGCCCACUGUGAUGUGAAAGGAGGCAAAGUUAUUCUUGGAGCUCAUUCACUGAAAGCAAAGGAAAAAGAAAGACAGAUUUUUGAGAUUGCAAAACAAAUUCCCUACCCAUGCUACAGUUCCAGUCAUAAGGAAAAUGACCUUAUGCUGCUGCAGCUUCAGAAAAGAGCAAGACUUAAUAAAGCUGUGAAAGUCAUUCCCCUGCCUACCUCAGGUGAUGAUCCCAAACCAGGAACAACUUGCACAGUUGCAGGAUGGGGACAAACUCACAAUCAUCAGAAAAAGUUUUCUAAUACCCUGAGGGAAGUCAACAUCACUGUCAUCAACAGGCAAAUCUGCAACGACAACAAUCAUUAUAAAAACAACCCUGUUAUAACAGACAACAUGAUAUGUGCAGGAUCUAAGAAUGGAGGAAAGGACUCAUGUUUUGGGGAUUCUGGCGGACCUUUAAGAUGCGACAAUGUGAUGAGAGGCAUCACUUCUUUUGGGAAGAAAGGCAAGUGUGGUAGUGUUGAUGGCCCUGGUGUCUACACUCGGCUCACAAACCAGUACCUUCACUGGAUAAGGAAAACCAUACGCGGAGCCUAACAGAUUGGAGUUUUGACCAAGUGAUUUCCUACUUUGUAUUUGUAACAGUAACUAGUUUUGAAAUACGCUUUUUAAAACAGCUUCAUUAUACUGGUAAAAGAGGUAUUCCCAUGCUGAAUUUUAGAGCCUGACAUUCUUACAGAUGAAAAUACUUAAGUCUGUUUUCAGGACAGAUGUGAUUUUAACAGGGCCAGAACAGAGUGCUCUGCUACAACAGCAUUUGUAGCUUAUACUGUCAGCCAUGGAGUCAUUCAACAGGUAUUUGUGACUCAGGCUUCCGACAUUCUUGUGCUGCACAUCCAGACUUAGCUCUGCAUGGAUGAGUAUUUCUGACCAAGAAUCUAAUCUAGCUGUUCGUGUCCUCACUGUAUGCUAAGUAUAUACUGCACUCCUCUGUAUCUGGACUUCUGCAAAUAAACCUGAAAGUUGUAAAGAUGCUAGGUACAGCUCCAGACACCUGAAAAACUGCUUCUCUGCAGCAGAGAUGCUGACUUUACAGGUGUAGGGGACUACUAAACUUCAGAAAAUUUCCAGAAACUGGAUUUGAUUGUGGGAGAUAAGAAAUGUGCAUUUCCUAACUGUCUUGUAUUUUAAACCUCUAGAUUUCACUCCUUUAAGCACUCUGCAGCUAAUAAAGAAAUGGCAAUCAAAA